AUCUCAGUACUAAACUUUGAUGGAAAUCUAGCUGCAUUUCUUGCCAUGGAAUCAACAAGAGACUGCAUCAGAUUACUUGUUUUAGUUGCCACCACAUUCUUCACUCUAACUGAUGGGAGAGUUGCGCGAGGUUCGCACUUUCGCGGUUCUAAAAUCAGAACAAGUCCAAUCUACAACAGGAUGAAAUUUGAUUUUGAAAAACCUGAAUCAUAUGGCCUAAAUUCUCCAUUCUCCAUGCCACCAUUUGAAUCACUAACACCACUUCCUUCACCAAAUAACUCCCCCGCUCCCUUCGGUGUCUACCCACCAUUUCUUCCACAACCACCCUUCCAAAGCCCACCGUACAGCCCACCGCCAAAUCCCAUUUCACCAAGCUCACCUCUAGGCCCAGAAAGCCCGUUGGCGCCAAAUCCUAUUCCACCAAGCCCACCUCAAGGCCCACAAAUCCCAUCGCCACCACUGAAUCCCAUUUCACCAAGCCAGAGCCCACCACAAUUUGUCCCACUUCCACCAAUUUAUCAGCCACCUGUUGUUUUGCCACCACCGUCUGUGCCACCACCACCACAGAAGAAGCCACAAUAUGCUGUGUGGUGUGUGGCCAAGCCAACAGUGCCUGACUCAAUAAUCCAAGAGGCCAUGGAUUAUGCAUGUGGAUCAGGAGCAGACUGCAAAUCAAUUCAACAAAAUGGUCCAUGCUUUCAACCUAAUACAAUGUUUUCUCAUGCAUCAUAUGCUUUCAACAGUUACUGGCAGAAAUCAAAGCAGGCUGGGGGAACCUGUGAUUUUGGUGGGAGUGCUAUGCUUGUCACUAAAGAUCCAAUCUUUGUAGAUGGUAAACUUUUUGUCUUUAUAAGAAGGCGAUUGCAUGGUGUGAUAUUGCAUACUUGUAAACUCUUUACCAUGGGGAAGUUGGGGUUUGGGUUUUAUCUUAUUUUGCUUGUAAACCUGUGCGGUUUGCUCAGUUCUUUCGCUUGUCCUGGGUGCCGAAAGCCAUCUCCUGCUCCUAAAUGCCCCGCUCCAUAUCCACCGCAUGUUAAGCCUCCCUUCCACCCCAAACCACCGCAUGUCAAGCCCCCUUACCACCCUAAACCACCCUAUGUUCCCAAGCCAACGCCCCCGUACGUUCCCAAGCCUCCGCCAGGUGAAACCCCACCACCUUCGCCACCAAAGCAAGCGACUUGUCCCAUUGAUACUCUAAGGCUUGGCGCAUGUGUGGAUGUGCUAGGUGGUCUCGUAAAAAUUGGCGUCGGCAGUAGUGCCAAGGACUCCUGCUGCCCGGUGCUGCAAGGGCUGGUGGACUUGGACGCCGCCGUGUGUCUUUGCACCACCAUCAAGGCUAAGCUUCUCAACAUCAAUAUCAUUUUGCCCAUUGCUCUUAAAGUUCUUGUCGACUGUGGCAAGAACCCACCUUCUGGAUUUCAAUGUCCUACUAGAGAGGUUGAAGAAGAGUUCAAUGUGUUUUGUUUNGUGACACCGCCCCCGUACGUUCCCAAGCCACCGGUCGUGACACCGCCCCCGUACGUUCCCAAGCCUCCGCCAGGUGAAACGCCAUGUCCACCACCUUCGCCACCAAAGCAAGAGACUUGUCCCAUUGAUACUCUAAAGCUUGGCGCAUGUGUGGAUGUGCUAGGUGGUCUCGUGCACAUUGGCGUCGGCAGUAGUGCCAAGGACUCCUGCUGCCCGGUGCUGCAAGGGCUGGUGGACUUGGACGCUGCCGUGUGUCUUUGCACCACCAUCAAGGCUAAGCUUCUCAACAUCAAUAUCAUUUUGCCCAUUGCUCUUAAAGUUCUUGUCGACUGUGGCAAGAACCCACCUUCUGGAUUUCAAUGUCCUGCUUAAGGAUUUUUUGGUAAUAUAUAAGUUUUAUGCAAGUAGGACAGAUGAAGAUACUGAUGAUUGCUUUGUGAAAGCAAGUUUUCAUGGAAGAAUGAUCAUCAAAUAUCAUGAGUGAGAGAGAGGUUGAAGAAGAGUUCAAUGUGUUUUGUUUCAUAAUCAAUCUCAUUGCAUAUCAAGAAUGCUAAGUUUAUUAUAUGCUUUGGGAAUAAAUGUUGGUUGAUUGUGAUCAUCUAAUUAAAUUGUUCUGUGUACGAGUUCAAAGUUA